GGACGUCUGCGCUUCGUCUUUGUUACAUAUGAGUGUGGUGGGGAUAACUGUUUGACACCCCUAAAUUCAGCUUACUAAUUAAAAAGUCAAACGUCAAAAUAUCCUGAAACAAUUAAUUAAACGAUUGAUUGAUUUACCGCGGUCGGUUCUAAGUGCAGGUCUUUCUGGUGAUCUCUCUCUCGCUCUCUUUUUCUAUUUAUUUCUUGUUCGAUCAAUCGACUCGGUCUUGGUACAUGUCUGUCAUUCGCAUCGAUUACGAUCCCACAAGAUAAAGUUGAUUCGACCUGAAAGAUUUUGUUCUUGAAUCAUCUAACCUGCAAUGUCUGAAUUGUGUGAAUCUAGCGAGGAUAGUCGAAUAUUGUCGAAAAUCAGGAUUUUUGGUGUCUGUUGAAAUGUUCUGCAGGAAUAAUAGCUUGGGCAAUUACUUUUGCAGCUUGAUCCUGGUUUGGCUUUUUUCGCUAUGCAAUUAGUAUCAAAUGAUAGUCGGGCGGAAGAUAGUUCAGAAACUGAACCCAUCUUAUGUCAGUCAGAUAGUCUGGAAAGAUCUGAGGAGCCUUCUUCUUUAGUUGAGAUAAUAAUUGUAGGUGGGGAUGGUUCUGUAGCUUCUGAUGACUCAAAAAGUCUUGGCACAGCUGAAAAUUCCUGUCUGGUAAAUGCGGACCAAUUGCAAUGCCGUAUAUGCCUUGAUAGUGGAGGAGAAGAUAUGAUUGCACCAUGCCACUGUAAAGGUACUCAGAAAUACGUCCACAGAUCAUGUCUUGAUAACUGGAGGUCAACCAAGGAGGGAUUCGCUUUUUCUCACUGUACAGAAUGUCGGGCAGUGUUCAUAUUACGUGCAAAUGUCCCACCUGACCGCUGGUGGUUGAGAUUAAAAUUUCAAUUUCUCGUUGCAAGGGACCAUGCAUUUAUUUUUGUUAUCGUUCAGCUGAUCGUAGCUUUCUUAGGCGUGCUGGUCUACAAAUUUUAUGGAGACGAACUUCGGGAAAUGUUCGGUUAUGAAGAGCACCCAUAUGGGUUUUAUACAAUGGCUGUUUUAGCUAUUGUCUUGGUGGGUUUGCUCUAUGGUUUCUUCAUUGCAAUAAUUUGUGGCCAGAGGAUCAAUGAACGCCACUACCACCUUCUUGCCAAACAGGAGCUGACAAAGGAAUAUGUGGUAGAAGACAGAGAAGCUCAAAAGAAUGUCCCAGAACUUGACCCCUCACAUGUUACAGAGCUAAGGAUGUUAGGCCUGUAUUGAGCUGAGAAUUCAUGUCUGCUGUUAAUUUAUUCGGUAAAUGCCAUGUUUUACUUCUACAUUUCUUGAAAUUGUUCCCUCUUUAUAGCCGCUGUGCCUUUCUAAUCCGUGUUUCUUGCUUCAGUAGAAACAUAAUGUGUAGAUUACACCUUGAUUUCUUUGCUUCUCAUUUGUUUGAUUAACUUGUGGUGUACGAUUGGAGGAUAAAAAGAAGUAUUUAGAUCAACAAAAAUGUAUAAAGAAUAUCAUUAGUGUACAAGGAAUGAAAAAAAUG